AUGAGACUUGCUCCAAUAAUGAAGAUAAGAAUUGGGUGUCCGUCCCCUUGUUCUCUGAAAGAGAAGAUAACAGACGAAAAGAAGAAAUCUCUCCAUGAAAACAACAGGAAUUCCUUGCAGCAGAAUAAUGUUUUCACUCUCCUCUCCUGCGACUCCUCUCCUCAUCAAGUCCAUGGCCUCCCCUAAACCUGCCAACAGAGUUUCAGCAACCAAAAAGGGAUCCACUGUGUUCCCAGUAGGAGAGCCUGGUCCAAGACAGUUCAACACUGCCAACGGCUCGUCCCCAGUGAAGCUGCUCACCAAUGUGGAGAAGCUGAGACUGCUGACCAAGGCAGAGAAGGCAGGGCUCCUGUCUGCGGCAGAGAACCUCGGCCUCUCCCUCUCUGCAGUGGAGAGGCUCGGACUCCUCUCCAAGGCAGAGGACCUGGGGGUCCUCUCUGCAGCGACAGACCCGGCCACGCCCGGAGCUCUCCUCAGCUUGAGCCUAGUAUUGCUUGCUCUGGGCCCUCUCUGCGUCUAUCUCCUGCCUGAGGACUACCCCUGGGAAGUGGUGUUGCAGGUCGCGGUCGCUUUGUUCUGUGUGCUCGGUGGAUCUGCAGCCUUCGCAGCGUCCAAUUUCGUGUCGAAUUUGCAGAAAUCCAACUAAGACGGGCUUGUUGUGGAAUUCUCGAGCUUGUAAAAUUAACCAAGAAUCAGUUUUACAUAAAAGAAGACUUCUCGAGUUGCCAAUAUCA